UCGAGGACACGAGUGAGACGUCCCGGAAUCGCUGUAUCCCGGGCUUCCAGCGGCGACCGGCAGCACCGUGGGAGGGACGCGAAGUGAGUGAGCUACCAGCGGCGUCGAUGGCGGUCUGAUUGGCAGCGGGCCCGGGCCCACCGCGAGAGGCGAAGAGCAUGGACGAAAACAGCGGCGGUUGCCUGUCGCCGGAGGAGGCGGCAGCCGCGGCUGCUGGGGCCGAUGAGGAGGAGGGUGCGGAGGAGGCGGUUCGUGGCGAAGAGGCGGUGGCGCCCCCCUCUCCCUCGGCGGCCGUGGUGGUGGCGGCGUCCCCCGUCAGCCCCCAAGAAGCGGCGGCCGUGGUGGUCGCCGAGGAGGAGGAUGACGACAUAGAAGAGGGCGAGGAGGACUCGGAGCGGCAUGCAGUGCGCUCGCCGCUCGACGCCGGCUCCGAGCAGUCGCCCGAGCUGCUGCAGGCGGCCGACCUCUCGGUGCGCGACGACUCGCCGUGCGGCGAAGUCGGCGCCGACGAAGACGACCUCGACGACCCCGUGAGUCCCGCCUCGUCGACGGGCAUGAUCGACGCUUCCGAGUUCCGCGGGCUCGACCCGGGUUCCUACCCGGGUCGCAUGUCGCCCGGCGGUUUCUCGAGCAGCAGUUACGCGACGCUGACGCCGCUGCAGCCGCUGCCUCCGAUCUCGACCAUGUCGGACAAGUUCUCCCACUACGGCCACCACCACCAACACCACCCGGGGGCCAACGGUGGCUUCGCGCCACUCGCCAUGGGCAUGGGAGGCUAUUCGCAAUACGACAAACUCGGUGCCACCAUGUCCGGCGCGAUGAACAUGAGCCCGCCGCACGGCACAGCGCCCAUGCUGGGCGCCGGCUCCGCUCUGCCGUCGCCGCCUCCUUACUCGCAGAACGGCCUGAGCGUCGACAAGGGACUGAACGGAUACGAAGCGGCAGCAGCGGCAUCCUACGGAGGAUCCUCGGCGCCACAGAGAGAGCUGACACGGCUCGGAUCGCCCCAGUCGCCGACGAGCCUGCACUCGCCCAUGCUACCGGCCCUGAACGGCCUGUCGCCGCACACGCCUCCCCAGGCGCACCUCGCGGCACCUGCCACACCGCCGCAACCGCCGCAGCCGCCGCCCGCGCCGCAACCUGAACAGAAACCGGCACGGGUACUGCUGCCAGUGGUGAGCAGCAACGCGCUGGGGCAGGUGGUCGUGUGCGGAGCCAGGGCGUCCGUGGUGUCGUCGAGCCUGGUGCUCAGUCCGACCAAGGCGAUCCACCCUGCCGCGGUGGUCACUCAGCAGGUCAUCCACCCGCAACAGCAACAGCAGCAGCAACAGCAGCAACAACAACAGCAGCAGCAACACGCGGCCCAAGUGAGCGCCGGCGGUGCGUCCAGCCCCGCCGACGAAGCGGAGGAGAUCAACACCAAGGAACUGGCGCAGCGCAUCAGCGCCGAACUGAAGCGCUACAGCAUUCCGCAGGCCAUCUUCGCGCAGCGUGUGUUGUGCCGCUCGCAGGGGACUCUGUCGGACUUGCUGCGCAACCCGAAGCCCUGGAGCAAGCUCAAGUCGGGCAGGGAGACCUUCCGCCGCAUGUACAAGUGGCUCGAGGAACCGGAGUUCCAGAGGAUGUCGGCGCUCAGGCUCGCAGUGAAAAUGAACGCUCAGAGCCCCAAGUUGGACGCCGCUUGCCCUGCCCGCACCAGCAGUUUGUACACAACACACUCAACCUGCAAGCGGAAAGAGGAUGCGCCUGGUGGAGCGGGUGCGGCCGGACCGGCGGCCAAGAGUCAGCCCAAGAAGCCGCGUCUCGUCUUUACCGACCUGCAGCGACGCACCCUGCAGGCCAUUUUUAAGGAGACCAAGCGGCCCUCCAAGGAGAUGCAGAUCACCAUCUCGCAGCAGCUCGGGCUCGAGCUCAGCACCGUGGGCAACUUCUUCAUGAACGCGCGCCGCCGCUCGCAGGACAAGUGGCAGGACGAAGCGGACAAGAGCGCCAAGGGAACCUCCACGUAGCGCCCCGCCCCAAACACAGCAACCCCGCUGUCCUCCACCGCUGCCCGCCCUCCCGCCAGCCUCUUCGUUCGACGUGGCAGCUUAGGCAUCAUUGGAACAGACCCUCAGUACCAGCCCCGAACAGCCUCUUCGACACUGCACACCGCGGCGAUGACUAAUUGCCACUACGGACAAGGCAGGCAGGAAGAUGACCUGCGCAGCAAUAUGUAUCUGUGCACACUGACGAUACCUUCUCGCGCUCUGGACUACUAAGCGGCGUGACGUUGCGCUCCUCUGCAUAGCGCUGUAGGCGUCCCGUCGCCUUCCAGGACUGCGUCACUCCCUCGAGACGCUCGCUCGUCCAGGGGUUGCGGAGGACACGAAACGGAACGAGUGCCCGUCCUCGCCGCUUCGGCGUGGCAUGCAGCGCCACCUUGCGCGACUAAGCGGCCCCGUGUCGAGAGUGUUCUUGAUUGCUGUCGUUGUUGGCCACUACGUGGCGGGCCCUUGAAAGCUCGCGUUCUUGCGGUAACCUUCAGCGCUGGGAGGGAGUUAAACAGGAGUUAAACGGGAGGAGUCACAUCCUCGGGGACGAAGCAGUGCCCUUUGACUGUGGGCGGUCAGCGGCGCCAUCUGUAUGUCGGCUUUCGCACUACUGUCUGCUGCGACCCGCUGCGACUCCUGUGCGACCCGGCGAAACGCGUUCUGCCCGAAACCACUGAGCGGACUCUCCGUGAGGUUCACGAUCAGCGCCAGUGGCAGUGAGCUUCGCCGCACGUGCAGCGCGCUGUGGCUGGUGGCAUGGGCGCCCGUAAGUCUGUUCGAAGUGGCGGCGUUCUCAAAGUUCAAAGGUCUGCGAGCCAGAUUUAGUCACCUUUGCGGUGCAUCGUCGCAAUAUGUGCUAGAUUGAGCGUGGCAAGAGAUGAGUGAGCCUACGACGCAUAAUCACGCCGAGCCUGACUGAAAUAGCUGCUCUCCGAAUGGUUCUUAGCAAGGAAAGCUCUGCGUCCGUGAGAUAAAUUGCUAGUGUUUAAAACAAUCCUUCAAAAUUUUACAUAUCCAGUGAAAACACGUGUUCUUCCGUCGGAUAUACAUGUCAUGUCCCGAUGUCCCUAUCCCGACUCAGAAAAGAAAAAAGACAUGGCCGGACUUUUCUUUCAAGAAAUAUGUUGUAAAACAAAUUCGUAAGAAAAAAAAUACGCUAACUGUGACGUACUCAUGAGAUAGAGGUGUGCUAGCACUGAGUUUCAAUUCGAGCUUAAAAGAAAACGCAUUUGUUUUACGUGCAAGACAAGAGACAGCGUAUGAGGGGAGUUUUUUUUUUUUUUUUUUGCUUUUCCUAAUUGCGCCCAAGAAUAUCUAGCCCGGUACAGUAUUCAUGGGAUAUCCGUAAUAGGAUAUCCGAUGGCAUGCUUGUUUGUGACUGUAACACUCAUACGUGAUGUUUGACGUAAUAGUUCAGCGAAAACCCGCUAGGCGGAGAGAAGUAAUUAAAGGGAAAAUGAGACAUCCACCCUUUAAUCCCUAACGAGACAUCCACCAAAUUUCCCCUUUAACUGAUAUAUGAUGUGUAUACUCCACGGAGGAAGUGCUUUCACUGGACUUAUAUUAAGCUGGCCGCGCAGUGCCGUACGUUCCUGAUCCCCGAACAGGUCUGUAAUAUACAAUCCACUAGAACUCAUUCAAACAGUAGCCUCAAUGCAGUUGCCUUAGCCCGAGCACUUUUUGCGCUGCCGUACGACUUUCGUUAAGAUUCGCAGCCAAGACACAAGGAACCUGAGCCGGCAAAGCUGCCACACCUGAAAGGAAGCAAACGUUUUAUUGCGUCACCCGCACGUGCGGCGAAGCCACUUUAGGCAAGCUACGCCCGAUCCCCUCAGUGGCGUCAGGCUUAAACUCCCUGGUGAUACCUGGUGAAAGCCCGGUUCGACUCGUGCCUCAAAGCGAGGACGCGGUGGUGCCCUUUGCUCGUCGGUCAUGACAGUUGGGAAACACUCCACAGGACGCAUUUCAAAUACAAACAGCGUUAAGCAUCUAUGCCUUAUGAAUUUGCUAAUAAUUUCGCCAACGUUCGGCCAAAUAAAACCAACCGCUAGGGCUGCGAAAGGUGUCACCGGAGUAUACGAACGCCGUAAGUGUUCGCAAACGGUGGAAACCCUGUUAGAUUUAACAAAGGAAAAACACAAGUUAUUUCAAGUGGAGUUCGCAACCUUCAUGAUUGAACGAGUCUGGGCUGCUCUCUCACCUUUUCCUCCUCAACCGACAAAAUAUGGAAGGAAAAGGCCCAGGCGUUUUUUUUUUUCUUUUCGGUAUCACAAGUGUGUCGUUUAGGUUCGAUGACCUGUUGUUGAUGUCUCCAUAGGGGCCUCCGGUCAGUGGUUCACACUCGUAGCCCUAGGUGGCACUCGCAUUCAUGAUUCCGCGGGCCCAGUGCUGUGUAUAUGUGUGUGCUGCUGGCAUUGUGUGCGCAUGUGUGUGCGUUGCGACGCGUCGACUCAAGUGCAACUUGUUUUAUUUGCUUGUGUAUCUGCCCGUGAACUUUCCAUAGUUUCUGUUUUUAUUUAUCGGUUUUCUGUGAUAGGAAGUGUAAAGACGUGCUGCACCAUUCCGAACGUCGAAGGCGAACCCCCAGCCGCAUCGGGCGAGACUCGGUGGAGAAUUUCGGGGCAGUUCUUCUGAGCAGCGUGGUAUAGCACGCGGACGCGUCGCGCCCAAUAAGGCUUAGAUAGGUUUAAGCAGGAAUUAACACCCCCAACCGUUCCAUUAUGGAUUACAGUCCUGUCUGCAGCAAGGCAUACGUUGGUAGGCCGAAGAAUAACGUGGAUUUGCAAAGUGCAGUGUCGCCAAUGUGAAAAUGAACUAACCUUUACGUUUAGUAAUGCUUCGGGCCAGCCGACUUAACUGCCAUGUUAACAGUUUUACGUGUUCUACAUUGCCUCACAUUGAAGUACGAGUUCACAGAUGUGCAAGGCUUUCUUAACUACAGCUCCGGUUACACAUUCGUGAUUUUAUAUAAUUUGCGUUUUUUUUUCUUUCGUCGCAGUCUAUUUCACAUGCAAAACUUGGACAGCCGGAAAAGCAGAUUUUUCAAUUUUAGUCCAGUGUACACAAAGUGUGUUGCCAAUGACGUCCUUUAUUAAGUUAUAUAUAUAUAUAUAUAUAUAUAUAUAUAUAUAUAUAUAAAGGUGGUUAACUUCCACAUGUAACGAAAUGACACAGGCGCUUGAGCGUAUCGCUGACCCCGUGGAAAUAAUCGUGUCUACGCCUCGGACUGUGCGGUUUGCCUUUUGACGGCAUGCACUCUAGUCAAACCAGAAAAGAGUCAUCCAAGCCUGCCGUAUAGUUACAAAAGCGAGUUCUGCAUUGAUGUACCGUAGCGUCGUUGCUAGGGAAGGAAAUUUUUAGAGGGAGGGCGAGAGAAACAUUAAGACGAUGUGCUCACCCGAUGUUUACGCUGGGCGUGUGAUGGCACCCCUUGUUUUUUUUAAAUUGAUUUUUAGUGUUUUUACUGUGUUGUGUACGUGUGUUAGUGACUGCGAAGACUGCACGGCAAAACCGGAAGAAAAAAAAAAAAGAGGGAGAGAGAGAGAAAACGUGAGGACACGUUUUGUGUUGCAUAUAGUAUACAAAAUAUAUACAUACAUUGCGAAUGCCGCGUGUGAAACUUGACGUGACGCUGCUUGUGUCCCCCAUCCCCGAAGUUCUCGUUGAGAAGAAAAAAAAAGUUCAAAGCCGUAUACAAUGACAAAAGCAGUAUCUGCUGUAAGGGCUCCGAAUGUUCUCAGGCGGGACGUGCGAAACUCAACGUAGCUUGUUUCCUCAACAGGAUAGCACAGCUUGCACACACUAGAAAUACGCCCGCGAUAGAGAAAAUGCUCAACACCAUCUCUGCGUAAGCUGCACAAGAGGCGUUCAGGGAAGUAAAUAUAUCCGUUGCCCUCGAUACCUACAACGUUACGUACUGUGAAACUAUUCACGUGUAGGCUGGCAACGUGGUCGCACUUCAAGUUUGAGUUCUUGGAACAACAGACCACUCGCUCGCGUGCAUGUCGCCAAGACCUGCUCUAACGUACGUUUUUUUUUCUUGCACGCUUUUUAGCCAUUGAACUACAGUAGGAGGCAGAGUCAGGCUAGACGGCGCGUAGAGACGCCGACGAAUCCAGAUGAAUCUAGAAUACACCAAAAAACCAGGGCGAAGAAGCACAAGACAUAUUGUCACGCCUUCUGCUUUGCUUUGUGUCGUCGUUCGCUGGAUUUAAUUGCGCCGAGGAAGUGUGUUCGACAUAAAUACCAACCGAACCGUUCGAGAACUCAUUCCGUUUUGUACCCGCGUUGUCGCUUGGCAUGACGGCACACAGAAAAGCCUACGCUUCGGCGCAUUUCGUUAGCAAGCUAGUUCAUUCGUUUAGAAUUUCGUUACCACAGCCGGUUUCGAAUGCCGCCGUUAUGUGACUGAACUUCGGAAAAUAAUGUUUCAAAGAUGACCUCGUUUGCUAAUGAGAUUGUGGCACAUGGGCUAACUAAUGAAUAGGGCCGACACUUGCCCUCGGUUUGAAAUGAAGUCCCGUACGCCGGCCCGUCGUCUGUCAUCAUUGUGCACAGCAUAAGUUCGUACCAUACCUUUAAAUGCUUUUUUUCUGUUUAAACAUACAUUUCAUAAAAGCAGUCGGUGAGCGGCUGACAACAAGUUUAUCUCGGGAACGCUUAAUGACUAUCCGGUAUAGAGAGCAAGACGAAAUUGGAGAUUUCGGGUCCGAGAACAGCAAGGCCGGUGUUUUCGGGACUGACAGAUCCCCGUCAGCGCUGUACAACGGCAAGAGCACCGCCUGAAACGAUCGCGAAUACCGUGUUGCUCCCACGAAGGAAGCAAAAAAACAAAAUUGGUGGUAUAGAAUUUUCAAAGCAGAACUAAAUGUGACCCCCCCAAAAAUGUAAGAGAGGCGAGUAGGUGCCCACCUUCAGUGGGUAGAAUCGGGGAGGCGUCCCCCAACUAGGCACGCGAAGCCGAGAGAAAGGGCUCGCGUGCCGAGAUUACAAUUAGGAAAAGGAGCAGCGGCGAGCUCCACGCCUUCGGAAAACGAAACGCCGGAGACUUAAUUACUCGUAAAAACCCCGGGCUCUUCAAAAGGCCUCGCCUUCUACCUCCCCCGGCGUUUUUCCCCGUCCAGCAGCAAGAAAUGAGCCUUCAAGCGCCCGAGAAUCCCUGCAAUCAGUACGGAGCCAAUCAGAGACUUCCCCCACCACCAUCCUUACAGGCUCUAACACAACUCCUCGGUCCCUUUUCCCAUCUUUUCCCGAUUCGCCUUGCGUUACUCGUACGAUGCUACAGAGCUUGCGAUACAAAGUUGAGGGGGGGGGGGGGGGGGCGGUUACGAGUAGCACGACGCCCUGCCGGCCUUCAGAACUUUUGCUAGUAUGUAUACUCAGCUGACCGUGGACGGGCUCGGUGCUGGUGGUGCCGUUGUGGUAGCGCGUUGACGCGGAGGUCUUGAGUGCCGAGAGAUCGUUCGUGAGACGCGUUCGUAGGUACGUAGCGCUCGGCGGCGCUCGGCGAGCUCAUCUCGCCCGAAUGUUCCCGUGCUCGAAAAAGCAUAAAGAGAGAGGCUGCCGGCCUCUGCGGUGUUUUGCUGGAGAACUCGACGACGACGCCGCUCGGAGGCGCAGUGGCGUGCGCGCUUCGACUCCGGCCGAGAUUGCCGCUCACCCCCUCCAUUAAUUAGCUCUCAUUACUCGGGUCACCGGCCACAGACGAUGGGGAAAAGGCCAGUGAGUCGGCGUUUGGCGUUUUUUUUUUUUCGUUUCACAGGUCCCGCGCAGCUCUCGCUGUGUAUGUGUUUGGCCGCGCGUGUUUUUCUUCCGCUAGGAGGACUCCCGGGAACUUGGGAUGCGUGGCGAUGUUUCGGCAAACGGGACGGUAGUAGUGGCAUCGUCGUUCUUUGUUGUUAUCAUUUUUUAAAUUCCCGCGAAGGCACUUCUAAGGUGCGCGUCUUCUCUACACGGGAGGAACUUGGUCGAACCGAGGUUCGGAUCUGGUUCUCCGGGCCCGAAAAAGAAGGGCCCGGAGAGCACUUUUGGCCAGAGGUUGACAUAUUUGUUGACAAAUCUUGUUUAUUCACCAACGCAAACGAGGUUUUCCAUAGUUCAAUAUGCUGUUCGUUUCUUCUUGAAUGAAGGCUGUUUACUUUGGGAACUUUAAACAACGAAGAAAUCUAUAGAAACAAAAGGAAUCUUGACCCAAGCCCAGCGCUGUUGCAGGUCUUGCAAGAGAUAACCCUUAUCGGCUGCCGAAUACCCAUGUUAUCUAUUCGUGCCAUGGCAGAACAGCGGUGACUGUCCUUGAAACUCCUCUAACGGCAUGCUGUGGUUGGAUGUUGGAUGGUGAUAAGCUCUCAGUGCUAAUUCAAAGGCAACUGUGUGAGUGCCGUGUACCACUGCAUGAGUCUUUAUUUAGGAAACAUUAGAGUGAUGCGCCCAAGAUCUGUUGACUGCGCGCGUCGUCGUCCCGCCCGGGAGCUUCGGAGCCUUUUGUACAGACCGGCCUGCGCGGCCUUGAAUGCUACUCGCUUCCAAAGCAAUACCGCGUCCUCACCUUUUGACUUCUUUAAGGCAGGGAAAUUCCGCGAACAUGUUGCACUGUUACGAGCCGUCCCCGAGCUCGAGAUGACGAACCCGUCUUCGGAGCGCCGAACUCGAAGAACACACAGAGCGGUCUGCAGAUUCCGUGUAACUUUUGACGCAAGCUCUUGCAAGGGAAUGGGAUCACUCGUGCUGGCAGUAACCGGCGGAGAAAGAACUGGCGGCAUCGAGAUUUGUAUGUCGACAUACAGCUUUUCGGGUCUUUUUGGGAAGACCAUUUGUUUUUCGCGAGCCAAUCGUACCAGCGGUUCCCACACUUCUGGACAUCACAUAUUUCGGCCUGUAGGCGGGUCACGAAAUAUGUUGUUUGUUUUGGGUUUCUCCAAGAUAUGCUCGGAAAACGUGCGUUGAGUCCUCGACAAACUUAGGAGCGCGUCUUCUUUUAUUCGAAGAAUGUUACUAACUUCGCACGCUGCGAACGAAUGUGCUCACAACGAGUUCUGUCAGAGAGAGUAAAUGUUUCAGAUCUGGUUCGACGUCAACCCUUAUCGCUUUUGACGGUACCUGUACCGAUGUAGAGAACGCGACUUCGUCCAUGCAGAUCGUCGCAAGUGUCCCGAGUAGCUCCACGUCUUCAACAUACAACAUUCCUUGGGAGCCCGUAGUCUGCGGUGUACGAAACACAGAACUUAUAGAAGAGGCGACUAACAGACAGUCCUUGCUAUCUGAGUAAUGAAUGACUUUAGGUGGCGUUCGCCCAACGAUGUUAACCUCCUGCGUCUGUUGAACACGACAACUCGCUAUUUAGGCCGCAAAACAUUGCAAUUACAGCACUAAGCUGUCAAGAACGAACGUAUGGACCACUUUGUCGGCUCGCAUGACCGAAAUAAUAAGGCGUGGUGAUUGAUUUACACGCCCCUCACUAGAUGAGUGCUCUAAACCAACGCGCGGUGUUUCUUGCGCUUGGACCCAUGAAAAUAAUGCAUGUCCUUUGUGUCAACAAGACUUUUUUUGAAUUGCAAGAGCGUCAUUUAUUUAGCCGUAUACCUUAUGGACGUUCAUUACGUGUGCGCCGCCUUGCGAGUUGGGUCGUAUAGACUACUGUGUCCGUCGGCGCUUGAUUGCACGUUGAUUAGUGCUACUGUGUUUUUCUUGUUUAUUUAUGACGUUUUGUAUACCGGUGAUGCGCACAACCUUGUAGAGGGUGUGGGGUGGGAGUGAGGAAUUGAAUAGACAAGGCAACAAGAGCAGUUGCUAAUUGUUUUCAGAUGCGAUGCAUUCAAUCUUGGUGUAUGAUAUUCGGCAAGUCGUGCUGAUCGCAUUAGGAAGGCUACAGUCUUCGCUACAUUCCACAGCAAGCCCAUAUAAGAACCGAAGGCAGUGCUGCAGUUGUUUUAGUAAUUUAGCAGUAUUUAUACACUUUUACCAUGUACUUCUAUAUUUAUUAAGUUAUUUAUAAGCACAUUUCUUACCAUGGGUGGUUUGACAUUCACAUGCGCUUACUUGUUGAGCGCCCAACUUCCUGUCAACUCGUGCGCACGGGUGGCAUAGAGCAUGCGUUCGAAUAAAAAAAAGUUCGCACUUAGAUCCAUCAUUUGAAAUUAUUUCUUCAAUCAUUUGCAGAUGUGACUUUUCAAAAUCCUUUAGUAAUGACAACGAGCAGGAGAGGAACAACUAGUCAAGUGUGCACUCUAAUUCGCUUGCGCACCUAGGCAAAAGCCUAAACAUUGCGCACUGUAUCUAAGCGCAUGGUUCCUUUCUUUAACUGAUCUCAAACUACUUAAAGGUCACACAAAAUGCUCGCAUACACUCAGAUGUGAUAUGUUUUAUUUGCCUGUUUUGUUGACUGAAGCCUUUCACUUCAAGUAUGUACACGUUACGUUCAUUCUUUGAUAUUGAACAUUUAGUCGCCACCUUCUAACUCUAGUCAACGACAAAAAAAGAAAACAUUUUACUUCAUUUUUACCGGUAAAAACAUUCCACGGUGAUGUCUACUUACGAAGACACUAAUUUUGUGCAGUAAUGUUUAGGUUCGCACAAACUGUAUGCCUUUUGUUGCAACAACGAUUUUAUAGGUGUAUUUUUAAGCGUCUCGGUGUUUAUUGUUGCAUUCAUCGCUGUCUGUUGAACCUGUGUGCGAAUCUUGCCGCUCCUUGUUUGUAAUAGUUUUUCCUGUUUUGAACGAAGCGUUCAUAGGGGUGCCUACCUUUCUGUCAUGUUAUGUCCGACAUGCAGUGCACCAUUUGCAUCUUCUGUGAAUGGGUUAUUUUAUCCGGCAGCUGAGACCUUUUUUUUUUUCAUGCGAUGCGAUUUAUUUUGGCUACCUCUCAAGACUGAUGUCAUGAAUGUCACUUGUUCCAGUUUUCUGUGUGAAUGGAGGUCGAAGUGAGGACUCUCGUAAAUUAUUUGUGUUAUUUACGACGCCGUGCAUGCUUGCUAUUUCUUGUGUUCUUUUUUCUCCUAUGCUGUAUUUUCAAUUUGCUGCAGACCUUCAGAAAAGCACGGCUUUCGAUUGUCUGAAACUGUAGGUCAACCUCUAUAAGCAAAGUAUGCCACAAAAGAGUGAUAUUAACGAACUCGCUGUACCUAUAAAAAAUUGAACUGUGGCAUUUAACCUGUCGAAACUGCGCACUGGAUUAGGAAUGACACUGUAUCUCUGUUCCUGCUGUGACCCGAUACAAAAUUCCUAUCGAUGUUUCAGAUUUGACGGAUUCGGGUUUACUAGGAUUCCGUAGCCGUGUGAUCUGUAGAUUGCCGUCACAUUGGCUUUGUUGUCACUGCUCGCGACUACCCUUCUGAAAUUGGCGCGGCUGGGAAGUACUGAAAAAAUCGCACGUAAACUUUGCGUACCUGUAGUUUUUCCUCCGACGGAUCUUGUACAAAGAUUAAGGACAUGAGUGCCCUUAGGCAGUCAUUUUCUUCCUUACGUUACAGUGAUAUCUAGUCACAUGGCCACGCAGUCUUUCUUGCCGACCCACUGAUUUUAGUGCGUAGACGGAGACCGCUAAACAUGUGUAUGUGUAUUUUACUUUUCGUAUUGUGUUGCAGAGGUCGAAGUUAGUCUGUUUUGAUCAUACGUCACAUAAGUAAAAAUUUGAACACAGCCAAUAUGGAAAGUUAGUUCAUAAAUAGAAGAGCUGAGAACUAAUUGGUGAAUUGAAGGCGUGAAAGUCAUAGGUAUUUGGCGAAAGUUCUUGUCUUGAACUGUAGUUUAUUUCUUAUCUUUUUUUUUUGUUGUUGUGUAAAGAACCUUGAGAUCAGUAUUCCCACCACCGUCUGCUUAUGUCCUGGCUGACAUAUAAACGUUGUAAGAACAACGCUUUUGGAGAGGCGAUGUUUCUCGGCCAUUGUGAUGUUGGAAAUGUCAAACCCGCAUUGCGAAUGUACUUGCCUCCAAGCGUGCAUGCAGUGGCGUAUCUUUGAGUGGUUCGGUGCCUCCAAGAUGGGUGUGGUCGAAAGACUUGCUGGUGUAUAGGCAGGCAGUGCACAUAAUACGCGAGCGAGAGACGCCUGAUGACGUCUCCUUAUUCCAGCGCACCUGCACUUUUAUCUUCAGCGCCCCCUCCCCCUCCCAAAACCUUUUACAGACCCCUCCACCCACCCCCUCUCCCAACAGCCCCUCGACCCCAAACACCCCCUUCCUUGGCUCCCUGAGUUCCGCAAGUGUCCUCGAAACCUUCUGUAAAUAGCAACUAUACUAUCUCUAUCUGUCCCCCAGACUAGCAGCCGUGACCAUAGCUGCUAGUCAAGUUAUGCAAACCGCUUGCCGCGGAGGAUAGUCACACUGAGAUGUUAUUUUCUAACUAGAGCCAGCAGCCUAGCCACGAGGAAAAAAAAAGCAACACGAGAGUGUAUGAAGGGUGUGUCUCUCUGUCCUUUCCUUUGAUUCCCGACCCCAGCGCACUAGACUUGCUAGCAUCCGCACGAAUCUGUGAGAUUCCCGUCACUCUAGUUCACUGAUGUGUGCAAGAGCAUUGAGCAUAUUACUGUGUGAUCAUUCGAGUUGUUUGCAAGCAACGUGCUAGUAAUAGACAAAUAAGCUCUCGCUGAACAAAACCAAGUUUACGAUACCGUAAGCGUUUGCGAUAUGGGUACGCAUGCAAGACCGCGAUGCUCGAUGUGGCACUAAUACCGAUUUCUCUUAAGCUAUUACUGUUGCGCCUAGCUGUCACUUCGCGCAGCACCGCGCGAUCAAGGCAAGAUGACACGCGGGAUUUAAUGCCAUCAAACUUGGCCAAUUAAUCGUUUAACCAUUCAUUGCGCUAUUGCGUUCUCAGUCCUCUUGGUCCCGCUGUGCCGCUCGAAGUGAAGGAUCACGUUGAUGUUGCGUAGAGGUCGACCCAACGCCAAAUGUGACGCAUGCAUACUCCGGUGUCGUGUAGUGACCUCUUUAGAUAUCUGGCUCUGUUGUCUGCGACGCCAACGCGGCUGUAGGCGAAAUUUCGUAAGUGCAAAUCACGGGAAUCUUUGCACAAUCAUGGGGGUGUCAACACUGUUUUGGUGUGCGCGCCUAUUUUCCUUCGUGCGCCUGGCGUGUGUGUGUGCGUGUGUCUUUGCGAUUGUGGGAGAGCCCUUUCAGGAAGAAGACUUUGACGUGUGUGGGGACUGUUCGUGUAGCUGCCGCGAUAAAUGUGUCGGCAGUCACAAUUACAUGGUGUGUCCCGUUCACUGAAGGUGCGCUCACACGAUGCUUGCUCUCAUUUCCCGAUCACCUAUCCCGCUCUGAUUGCUUCCUCUUUGCCGUUACCCCUUUGUUCUGUUCCGGGAUGUCUGAUGCCCCCUCUCCCCCUCCUUUGUUUCUUUGACACGUCGCCCUAUUAAAGAAUCGCCGUGUCUCA